CAGAAACACCAGAAUUUUCAAAUAUCUACGGUGUCAAAUAAUGGGGAUAUCUAGGUGUUCGAGGCUAAUGCCAGUGACAGUUUAACAAUUCAAACAUCAUCCGGAUGGAUUCAAUCCCUCCAGCAAAGGCCACAGAUGCCGUUUUGGUGGCAUCUGACCCAGUUCCAGAAGGAGUCAAGCAGGUGAGCGGGAUUGACUGGAAUUCAUUACCUCAAGACCAACGGGGUAUCAUCUCAGACUUUGUCCAGCAACUGGUGGGACAAGGAUUUCAGUCAUCAUCCUUAGGCGAGGCAAUUCGCAUCAUCAAUGACAUGCGAAUGUGGAAGGACCCCGAAACGGGGGAUAAGACGACCAUCUUCCUCGGAUACACUUCGAAUAUGAUCUCGUCUGGACUACGUGAAACGUUUCGAUAUCUGGUUCAGAACCGACACGUCUCUGCCAUCGUCACCACCGCCGGCGGCAUCGAGGAAGAUUUCAUCAAAUGUCUCGCUCCCACCUACCAUGGCUCUUUUUCAGCAUCGGGCGCUGCAUUGCGAGCGAAAGGUUUGAAUCGAAUUGGCAAUCUCAUGGUUCCCAAUAACAACUACUGCGCGUUUGAAGAUUGGGUGGUCCCGGUCUUGGACAAGAUGCUAGAAGAACAGGAGGAGGAAUUUGCACGCACCGGCGAGAGAUUCCACUGGACUCCUAGCAGAAUCAUCCAUCGUUUGGGUAAGGAGAUCAAUGAUGAAUCUUCUGUCUAUUAUUGGGCAUACAAGAACGAUAUUCCGGUAUUCUGCCCAGCUUUGACCGAUGGCAGUCUUGGGGAUAUGAUAUACUUUCACUCUUUCAAGGCAUCUCCGUUGCACCUAGGCAUUGACAUUGGGCAAGACAUUCGCAAGAUCAACACAAUAGCGGUGCGGGCUAAGCGAGCCGGUAUGAUCAUUCUUGGAGGAGGCGUGGUCAAGCAUCAUAUUGCCAAUGCGUGCCUAAUGCGGAAUGGCGCGGAAAGGGCGGUGUAUAUCAAUACAGCCCAAGAGUUUGACGGCAGUGACGCUGGUGCACGACCAGAUGAAGCCGUCAGUUGGGGGAAAAUAAGGCCCGAUGGUGAGAGUGUCAAGGUAUAUGUCGAGGCAACCAUUGCGUUUCCCCUGAUCGUAGCAAGCACAUUUGCAAGACCUGAGUAACGAUGGAUGGUUGAGGGCGCCAUUACUGUAUUGACGCGCCGCCUCCGUCUGGACCUGAUUGUGGGAGAAAUCAGUUCAGAGGCCAGCAGCUGGUUGACGUGGCGGCAUGGUUACGGAGCACCAGCAUCAAGGGCCGAAUUGGUAUGCAUGCUAUUUACCUAGUCCGGGCAGCCGAGUGGGAUAGAAGCCUUGCACAUAAACAUGUUGGGGGGUGGACAGUAAUGUUGAAGGAGUUGGUUAGACGCGUGGGGAAUGAUCAUUUGCUCACGAAAAGCGCCUGACCCAGCAAAUGCAAGCAAACUCGUCGUCUACACAUACGGAGUACCUAGACGUCUAAGUAGUGUCUAGCGUAUGGUAGGCUAUGCCCACUCUUUUACUAGGGGGACUUUCUGCCUUUGCGUCUCCGAUGUGG